UGCAAUUCAGGCCAAAAACACAAAAGAAAUAAAGAAUCAAAUAAUUCUGCAUUCUUCAUCUUCUUCAAGUCCGAAUUUCCUUUAUCAAAAAAUGGACAUGAAGAAGAUCUCUUGUGCCGUUCUUAUCGCUGUUGCAGCUACCAUGAACGUAGCUUUGGCUUCGGAAGAGGUUCAUGCACCCGCACCAGCACCUACUAAUGCUGCAGGAUUGAACGUGCCCGUUCUUGGCUCCCUUGUUGGCGCUUCACUUGUGUCAAUUCUCGGGUUUUACUUGCAGUAGGCCUCUAUCAAAAGUCGGAAAGGAACGAGAGGUUGUACGGAGGAAGGAGUUCAAGAGAAGGAAAUGGAAGUGGAUUUGUUGAAGAAUUAUAAUGUUUUUUCAGUACAUCUGCUAACUGUUUCUUAUUUUUGUUCUUCGUUUUCUGUAUCACAGCUUUAUGAGAUUAAUUAAGAAAGAAAUUUUCGAUUAUACA